CUGGAAACGCAACCAGGCGAUACGAGAUUCACCACAGCUUUCGGGUGGUUUUGCACUGCGCUGGUGUGUUGUAUGCUGGCUAGUAUUUUCCACUGGAUAGCAGGAUUGGCACUAUCUUUAUUUACGGUCCACUAUCUGUACUACAUCGUGACCGCGUUACGCAGCCCGUCCAGCAGCGACAGUGGCCACCAGAUGCAAUCCGAGGACGCAAAGUACAUCAAAAAGCGAUGGAAGGGCGGAACGAUCGAGCCUCACCCUACGGAGAAGGCUCUCAUAGUCAAUUACAAACUGGAGGCGGCCGUUUUCGGUGAACCCGGGGAUCCGAUGCUGGAGGACAAGAAGGAUUGUCAACGUAUAAUUCGCCUCAAAUCGUUGAAUGCCAAAACCGACCCAGCCGUACUGGCUCGGGAGGUAGUGGAAAAGUGCGACCUCAUUCAUAAAUCGCAGUUGUCGGAUAUUGAGCAGAUCAUCUAUUAUCUGAAGAAUCGCAAGAAUGUGGAAAGUUCGUCUACGGCGGGGAACACGACCGGAAUCGCUGGUGGUCAGCGCGUAACAUCACGCACUUCCGGUAAGGUCAGCCCCCACGAAACGGAAAAGGCAUCCAUUCGGAAUAUCGACGAAUACAUUGAGUUGCUGUACGAAGAUUUGCCGGAGAAGAUCAAAGGGUCCAGGUUGAUUUUGCAGCUGGCACGCGAUCCCGACAAUUUGGGUGAACUGGAGAAGAACGAAGCUGUAUUGAGUGCACUGUCUCGUGUUCUCAGGGAGGACUGGCGGCGUUCGUUGGAUCUUUCUACCAAUAUUAUCUACAUAUUUUUCUGUUUUUCAACCUAUACCAACUUCCACUCCGUGAUUGUUAACUAUAAGAUCGGUUCGCUCUGUAUGGACGUAAUCGACUACGAAUUGCGGCGGUAUGAGCAAAUGAAGAGCGAUCUGGACGCCCGGAAAGGGAUCGUCGGCGAAAAGGGCAAAGAAAAAGAGAAAGAAGUCAACAAAAGUGCCGAAUAUCUGGACACCAUCGUCGAUCAGGAAAAGCCCAAAGAGAUGGAACCGCCCCGCCGACGGAUACCGGAACUGAAGCAACGGCCACGGUCGGGCAAUUGGUCCAGCUAUCACGGUAGCAUGAGUACUUCGCUGGUGAAGGCCCACAACAUGAACAACAGCUACCACGAGCAGCUUUCCAAGGAGACUACGGCGUCCAACGAUAGUCUCAACAAUCAGUCACCGGAAAGCGAGAAGCCCGACCCGAAGAAGCAGAAGGAUGACUACGAUAAGAUCAACAAGCAGUUCAAAAUAUUCGCCAAAAAGCAGGAGCAACUGUUGCGGGUAGCUUUCUACCUGCUGCUGAACAUUGCGGAAAACGUAAAGCUGGAGGAAAAGAUGCGCAAGAAAAACAUCGUCAAAAUGCUGCUGAAAGCAUUGGAACGGCAAAACUUCGAUCUGCUGGUACUGGUCGUUACUUUUCUCAAAAAACUUUCGAUUGUUCGUGAUAACAAAGACGAAAUGUACGAAUUGAACAUCGUGGAGAAAUUACCACGGCUUUUGCAGUCGCAAAAGGAUCUCGUUCAGGUAACGCUCAAGCUACUUCUUAACUUAUCGUUCGAUGCACGAUUACGCGCAAAAAUGAUACGGGUCGGCUUUCUGCCGAAGUUGGUAACGUUCCUAAGUGAUGACAAACAUCACGAAAUAGUAACGAAAAUUCUGUAUCACAUGAGCCUAGACGACAAGAUCAAGUCGAUGUUUACGUACACGGAUUGCGUUCCGGUGGUGACGGAUAUGCUACUGUUAAAUUUGAACCAAAAAUCAGAUCCGGAUUUGAUUGCCCUCGGAAUUAACCUGGCUCUGAACAAACGAAACGCUACGAUGAUGCUCGAGAACAAUCGGCUGCACAAUUUGAUGCUGCGGGCCUUCAAGUAUCAGGACACGCUUAUGAUGAAGAUGAUUCGGAAUAUUUCACUGCACGAAUCUCUGCGGAUGCACUUUGUGGAUUUUGUUGGCGAUUUAGCGAAAAUACUGACCGAAUGUGACGAUGAAGAGUUCACGGUUGAAUGCCUGGGAACUUUGGGCAACCUGGCACUGCCCGAUCUGGAUUACUCGCAAAUCAUUCACAAUUUCAACCUCAUUCCACUCAUCAGAAAUAUGCUGGUACCAGGCAAAUACAAAGAUGAUCUGGUCCUCGAGACGGUCGUCUUUCUCGGCACGUGCGCCUCGGACGAAUCCUGCGCUAUGCUGCUCUGCAAAGCGGAUGUGAUUCUGUCACUGAUCGAGCUACUGAAGGCGAAACAGGAGGACGACGAGAUGGUGCUGCAGAUUGUGUUUGUCUUCCAGCAGGUGCUACGCAACGAGAGCACCCGGGUGUACAUGAUCAAGGAAACGGAAUCGCCGGCCUACUUGAUCGAUUUGAUGCACGACAAAAAUGCCGAGAUACGUAAGGUUUGCGACUUCUGCCUGGACAUCAUUGCCCUUACCGACAGUGAGUGGGCUUCGCGGAUAAAGUUGGAGAAAUUCCGCAAUCACAAUUCCCAGUGGCUAAGUAUGGUGGAAACACAGGAAGAAACGGAUGACAUCCAGGACUACGGUCCAAUGGAUGACGACGAUGGCGAUUUGCCGGCUUAUCUGACGGCAGACUAUUUGGAUCAGUGCAUGCUGUACCAGUCGGGCGAAUCGAACGACGACGGUGAAACCAACAAUCGGUCCUCGUCGGCCAUGUCCAACUACAGCAGACCCGUGAGCCGCUACAGUCGUGAUCUUGAAGAUUUUGAGGUAAUUGCCUAAAUGUGGAAACCAAAGAGUUCAACUAUUGAAUCAGAAUUUACAAUUUAAACGAGCAUUUGGAAACGAUCAGUUGUAUAUAGAAAAUUCUAUCCAACACAAGCGAAUAGAUCGUAAGAACACAGCGACAAUUACGACACGAAAUAGACGCAUUAUUACUUAUACAAAAUUAAGAAAAAAACAAUUGAAAUUGCUGGCUGCUACUGAAUGUGCUUUUUUCGCAACAAAGAUAGGCUUACAUUAAAUUAUUUAGAGGAGUUUUAAGCAAAGCAUGUCCUAGCUUAGGCGCAGAUAUUUAUAAUGAAACGAUGAAUCGUACUUCAUUCAUAUCCAUGUAUGGCAUCGUGGGUUUGAUCCAACGGAAACUCGGUUGACUCAGACUGUCAACCAUUUGAAUCCUGUUAGUACUCAGGCCGACACAUAAGAAAGCGCUUCAUCACAACUAUCUAGUACUGUUAAUAUAACUGAAAAUAUUUUUAAUGGGUCGAUAUGCGCUUAAGAGAAAGACCAUAACAUAGUUGUUAAGGGAAAGAACAGAGAGGGAUUUAUCCGAAGCUUCUAGUCUUCUUUCGUUUGUGAUAUAUCGGUUUAAUAUUAUUACUUUUUCGUUGAUUCCUGUUUUGAUCGUUUAUUUUUUUUUUGUUUCGUCUUGUGCAAUCCAACGCUCUAAGCGUUGUAGAAACUGUACCUUAUGUAUCCUACGAAAAAUCACCUUGAAGUUCGAAAGAACAAAACAAUACAGUGUUUGGCAAUUACUUGAGGAUACACGAUGCAGCUAUUAUUUGUUGGUUUACAUUAAUUUCGUUUGCAAAUUUUAUUUUACCCUUUUUAAUUUAUGUGAAACUAAUUAUUCCAGAUAUCAAAGUGCUUAAAACAUUGUAUUAUAGUAUUUUAACAGAUGCGUUUACUGAUUAGAUAUCGAAUGAAUAUAAAUUUCGGGAAAUACGACAAAUAUCAGA